AUGCAGCCCAGCAUGUACGCCUUCGAGGACUACUUCCAAGCCGCUGAUGCGGACAGGGACGGCCAGAUCAACGAGGCCUUAUUCUCCUUUCCACAUUAUCUCUCUCUUCUUUCUCAUUCUCCCCAGGGAAUAGCGGUGUGGCAGUAUGCUGAUUCGCGCCAAGCUGGUUUCCUCCACCGCCCUGAGUUCUUCCACGCCCUUCGCCUCAUCACCGUCGCCCAAUCCGGUCGCGACAUCAACCCAGACGUCGCCCGAGCCACCUUCUCAGGCCCGGCAGUGACUCAAAUUCCUGCACCUAGGAUCACCGUGCCUCCGAGGCCUGGAGCGGCUGCCAGACCAGGCGGGCCGCCAGGUCCAGCUGGUUCGGGUGCUCCCGGGCCUGGAGCACCGGGAGCACCGCCACCAGUGCAGCAGGGGGCGUAUGGGAGGGGAGUGCCAGUCCAAGGCGCGCCAAUGCCGCAGGGGAUGCCUGGUAAUAUGGCCGGGAUGGGUCCCAUGGGGGGAAUGGGCGGUAUGGGAGGCAUGGGAGGCAUGGGGCCCGGCCCAGGAGGAAUGAUGGCGGGAAUGGGUCCUCGACCAGGCAUGCAACAGCCGCAGCAGCAGCAGCAGCAGCAGCCGCAGUAUCCGCAGCAACAGCAGCAGCAGUAUGGGCAGCAGCAGCAGCAGUAUCAGCAACCACAGUAUGGCCAAGGUAUGCAGGGCACCAUGCAGAGUGGCACACCCGGGGGAUUGCAACCCGGGCCUCUUGGACCCUCAUACGGACGUGGUCAGCCUGCUGGUGCUCCCAUGCCAGGUCAGCCUGCAUCCGGGCCUUCUUGGCAGCCUGCUUCUGCGAAGCCUGCAGCAGAGAAGGAUCCGUUUGCGGAUUUUGGCGUGCUUGGAGGCAAGAAGAGUGCCGCCCAGACCCAGAGUGGUGCCAAGGGUUCUGCUGCCGCCCAAAGUGCUGCCACAGGUGGGGGGCAAGCAGCAGAAGGAGCAGCAGGCGGGGCAGCAGCAGCAGCAGGGGGGCCAGCAGGGGCAGCAGGGCAAGGGGCGGGAGCAGCAGCAGGGGGCGCGCAGGGGCAGGAGGGAGAGGGGUUUCUGAUGGUCCCGGGGGACCCCCAGCCUUGGCCGAGAAUGGGGGUGGCGGAGGCACAGCGGUAUGCGCAGGUGUUUGUGGGCGUGGAUGGGGACAGGGAUGGGAAGAUCACGGGCAAGGAGGCGAGGAAAGUGCUCAUGGCUUCACAAGUGCCUAUUGACGUGCUGAAGCAGGUGUGGGACCUCUCAGAUGAGGACAAGGACGGCAACUUGACCCUCCGCGAGUUCUGCACUGCCUCCUACCUCAUCGAGCGCUACAAGUCGGGACGAAAGCUGCCGCCCACACUGCCGAAGGGCUUCCACGUGGACGAGCCGGUGCAGGACCAGCGCACGGCCAUUGCUGCGAAACGAUUGGCCGAGGCGCAGGCGGCGCUGACUCAGCACUCGCAGGGGGUGAACGUGCCCACGUGGCAGCGCGAUCCAGGUGUUCUGGUUUCGCCAACGAAAGGUGCACCCAGAAAGGACGCUGCGAUGGAUCAGAAGAAAAAGGCAGUGUUUUUCCGUGACAAAAUGCAGGAGAUUGUCAUGUUUAAGAGUCGCUGUGACCUCCGCCUUGCUGACGUCUCUGAACAGGCUGACGUGGAGAAAAAGGAGAUGGAGGAACUGGCCCGGAAGUAUGACGACAAGUACAAGGCGGCUCAGCUGUCGGCUGGGAAGCUUGCAGCAGAGGAGCGGGCACUGCAGCAGAUGCAGGAGAAGGCUCACAUAAUCAUGAACGCAACGUCAAGGCUGGACCGAGGAGGCGACCCCAACCAGCUGCUGCAGGACAAGGCGGACCGCUUGGCUCUGGAGGUAGAGGAGAUGCGCAAGGCAGUGUUCGCCCAUGCCACUGCCAUCGGGCUAAAAGUGCGGCCCCUGGUGGGCUCCGAGACUCCCUUUGGCUGGCAGGCGAAUCUUCAGGAGAAAGCAACAGACUGGGACGACGAGUGGGACGACGUGCAGUUUGAAGGGCUGGUGGUGGUGCGGGAUAUUGGCGACACCCCAUUGGCUGAGAACGAAGACCCGUUCCCCAGGCCGAAAUCCAAGGAGCAGGAGGAGAAGGGUGGGGGUGGGGCGUCAGCAGAGGCUGAAACUGGCAAGGGAGAAGGGGAGGAGGGGGCGGGAGAGGGAGAGGUGGAGGAUGGGAAGCGGGGAGAGGGGAUGGCAGCAGAAGAGGUUGAUGGUGCUGCGAAUACAGGAGGGGAAGGGCCUGGAGGUGCCAACGAGAACGGGGAGGAGGAGAAGCAGGAGAAGGAGAAGGAGGAGGAGAAGAAGCGGAAGAAGAAGGAGAAGAGCAUGGGCUCAGCCCCUUCCGGUCCAGCCGACUUCUUCUCUCCAGAGGAGGAUGAGGAUGCGGAUUCAAACGAGGCUAUGAUCGGUGUGCAGAGGCAUGGGGAGGAGGACGAGGAGGAGGAAGAGGAGGAGGUGGAGGAAAUUGUGAUGGAUUCGACGCCUGUGCUGCAGAUUACAGCAGGAGGAGAGGGAGAGGGAGGGGGGAGGGGGAGCAAGGACGGGAUGAUGGAAGGGGUGGUUGCGGGAGGGGCAGGAGCAGGAGCGGAGGAAAAGCAGACCAAGCAAUCAGAAGCAGGAGCUGGAGGAAAGGAAGGGGAGAGAGAGGGGCAGGAGACCGAUGGGGAGACUUCGACGUCAGCAGUGCAAGAGGAGAGUGCAGCAUCGGUCUCACCUGGUGAUUCCAAGGAGAUUCUUGGAUUCCCCUUCCAAGGCUGUGCCGACAGUGAAGGUGGCGCUGCAGUAACAGAGACCAAAUCCGGGUCCUUCGCCUUUGAUUUCUCAGCAGAACCAGAGGAGGACCCGUUCGGCUCAGGUGCAGCAGCAGCAGCUGCAGACCCUUCGGAAUCCGCGUCUCCCUUCCCCACCUCGUUUAGCACUGAGGGACGACGGAGGAGUGGAAACGACGAGGCUCAGUCGCCCCUUACGCACGCUGCUGUGGGACACGAGGAUAGCCCCAUCCACUCCGGACAGCAGCAGCCGGGGCUUGCUGCACAUACGUUUGAUUCGUCGCCGUUUCACGCCAAUCCGGUUGACGCCGCGCCGUUUGACGCCUCUCAGUUUGACCAGGGAUUUGGCCGCGAUUCGAGCUUUGGCCGUGAUUCGAGCUUUGGCCGCGACCCGAGCUUCUCCAGGGAUUCUAGCUUCAAGGGUUACGGAGGGAGCAUGUUUGAUUCUGCGACUGGUGCGGCAAGUUUCAAGGGUGGAUUUGACGCGAGCGCGUUUGAUUCUGCGACUGGUGCGGCAAGCUUCAAGGGGGGUUUUGAUGCGAGUACGUUCGACCAGCAUUACGGUGGAGUGGGGGCGUUUGACCAGCAUUACGGUGCUGGUGGUGCUGCUCUCGACACCUCCUCCUCCUUCCGCUCCUCUGUGGACUCCCCAUCCGGCCCGCACGCUCGGCCUGGCGAGUACCAUCACGGCCAUUUCCAACUCGACCACUCCCCCUCCAUCUGGCGAGUUCCAUCCCGGCCAGUUCCAAUCCUUCCCCAGUGUCUUCGACGAUCAUGCUAUCUCACUCGCCCAGCUUUGUACUUCCCCCAUUUUCCCCCAUCUCCCCCCAUCUCCCCCCCAUCUCCUCCCCCAUCUCCUCCCCCAUCUCCUCCCCCAUCUCCUCCCCCAUCUCCCUCCCAUCCCUCAUUCCAGUCUGGCGAGUUCCAUCCCGGCCAGUUCCAAUCCUUCGCCAGUGGCUUCGACGAUCAUUUCGACUCCAACCCCUACGGUGCAAGUGCGGGGACGGUGGGAGGAGGAGGAGGCGGAGGAGGAAGGGGAGAGGAAGAGGAGGAGGUGCAUAGCAGCGAGGAGGAGGACAGUGGAGGGGACCCGUUUGCAAGUCUCCGAACCAGUGGGGCCGGUGCGGGCGGUAACCAGCAUGUUACCGCGUCGCAUUUCGAUGCGUACAACUACGACAAGGCGUCUGAAGAGGAAGAAACGCCAGGAACUGCGAGGCAGGGGGGUGUGCAGCCGGGUAGCGCGAGCGCGUUUGACUCGUAUGGGUGGAAUGCGUUUGAGUGA